CAUUUCGAUAUCUGCGGAAGGAGAAGUGUUUUCCACCCAUGAAGCCUUGAGUUACUCCCCUAGUUAACAUUGGUCAAAGUUCGGUGCGUCGACUCAGUAAAGGUCUGACUACAUUCAGUUUUUUGUUGUGUGCUGCUGAGAGUUUAAACUCUUAAUACAGCCAGGCUGACAUUUUUGUUCUGACUAACAAUGAUAACAUAUAUUUUAUACACGGCUCUGGCAGGUUUGGCACUGUUGGUGUUAUUGCCUCGCCUGAAAACUCGUUAUUUUUUUCAAGAUUUGAGUUUCGCCAUUUCUUCAAUUAAAAUUGCUAUAAGCCUUUACACAAUUAAGAAGCGGAAGCCGUGUUACAGUAUGCUGGACGGGUUUCUGGACAAAGUGGCGAAACAUCCGCAUAAGAAGUUCAUUAUUUUCGAGGAAAGCUCGUACACGUACAGCCAAGCCGACAAAGAGAGCAACAAAGUGGCGCGAGCGCUGUCCACCCACGCCGGCCUGAAGGAGGGGGACACGGUGGCCCUCUUCCUGGGAAAUGAGCCUCACUUUGUGUGGCUCUGGCUCGCUCUUACCAAGUUGGGAUGCAUAUCUUCUUUACUGAACUGCAACAUCAGAUCCAAGUCUCUGGUGCACUGCUUCUCCUGCUGUGACGCCAAGUUCCUGGUGGCUGGUGCCGACUUGAAACAGGCUGUAGAAGAGGUGUUACCCACCUUGACCGAGCAGGGUGUCCGUGUGUUUAUCCUCAGUGAGCACUGUGAGGUGGAGGGCAUUGAAAGCCUCUCUGAUAAAGUUCAGCAGGCCUCAGACCAGCCUCUGUCACCUCAGCUGAGGGCCAACGUUAACAUUAAGAGUCCCGCACUCUACAUCUACACCUCAGGAACCACAGGACUUCCCAAGGCAGCUAUUAUCAACCACGAGAGGCUAUGGAGGUCAACCUUUCUCCAGUCCAUUGCUGCUGUCCGCUCAGACGAUGUCCUCUUCGUGUGCCUGCCUCUUUACCACACUUCUGGAUUUGUGAUGGGGCUUUGUGGAGCCAUAGAACGAGGCAUCACGGUUGUAUUAAAACGUAAGUUCUCUGCCUCCAACUUCUGGAACGACUGUAGGAAGUACAACGUGACAGUUAUUCAGUACAUAGGAGAAAUUAUGCGCUACCUCUGCAACACACCUAAGCGAGACAAUGAUAAAGAUCACAAGGUCCGACUGGCCCUGGGGAACGGGUUAAGGAGCGACACCUGGGAGGAUUUCCUGCAGCGAUUUGGGGACAUUUGUAUCUGUGAAUGCUACGGAGCGACUGAAGGAAAUCUUGGCUUUGUCAACUACUGUGGCAAAGUUGGAGCUAUUGGCAAAGAGCAUUUUCUCCACAAAAUGGGAAAUAAGUACGCCCUCAUAAAGUAUGACACGGAGAAAGAGGAGCCCGUCAAAAAUUCCAAGGGAUUUUGUAUUGAAGUCCCCAAAGGAGAGACCGGGUUGUUUGUGGGGAAGAUCGAAGAAAGAGCUCCUUUCAGUGGCUAUGCCAAGAACCAUCAGCAGACAGAGAAGAAGAAGCUAAGAGAUGUGUUUGUGAAGGGAGACCUCUACUUUAACAGUGGUGACCUUCUAAAGAUAGACAAGGAGGGAUUUGUCUUCUUUCAAGACCGAAUUGGAGAUACUUUCAGGUGGAAAGGCGAAAAUGUAGCAACGACAGAGGUGGCCGAUCAUUUGCUGAUGUUGGACUUUGUCGAGGAGGCUAAUGUCUAUGGUGUGAAGGUGCCAGGACACGAGGGACGAGUUGGAAUGGCAGCAGUGAAGCUCAAAGAAAACAUGGACUUUGACACCAAAGCUGUCUAUCAACACGUCAAAAACUACCUCCCCAGCUACGCAAGACCCCGCUUCGUUCGCUUGCAGGAUGCAGUGGUAGUUACUGGGACGUUUAAGCAAAUGAAGGUGAAGCUGGGACAGGAGGGCUUUGACCCGGAUGCCAUCAGUGACCCUCUGUUCUACCUGGAGGACAACAACAACUAUGUACCCAUGACUCAGCAGAUAUUCAACUCCAUCACAGAUGGAAAAAUCAGGCUCUGAAUGAGUUCAGUGUUUAUUGUUGGAUUGUGAACCUCAAAAUAAUACAUUUGAUUUUGAGAUUUGAAGUGAUACUGGAUGUCAAAUAAUGAUAAAUGGCAUUCACAUUGAACAUUUAGGUACAGCACAUUUCACGAGCUACUUGAAGGGAACAUUGUGUACUGAAAUAUUUUUAAGGGAUUUAAUUUAGUUUGAAAAUUAAAAACAUGAUUGUACUGAGCAAAGCAAUCCCAAAUCAUUGACAUGGUUAUACAGUGAUCUUAGAUUUGCCAUGAACUGAAAGUGCUGGCACAGCACCCGGCUAGUAAAUUGCUCAAUACAGCAGAAUUACUGUCUGUAUCUAAUCUACUGUACUGCUUUUAUGAUCAUUAUAGGAGCUUAGUGGUGGUUUCCAGUGGAUUGGUAGAGGGGGCAGUGUUAGCAACAGGAGAAGAAGACAUACAGUUAAUUCUUCUGCAGGUGGAGGAUACGUUUUUUUGAGUUGUCUGUGAAACCUUUACAGGGCAGCAGAGCUGGUGCGGGCCACACUGCACCCACUGGUUGCAGAAACUGGGCACGCUGUAGAACUUUGUCAGCUUUUUUAGGACCUUUUUACCCAUGAGAUUUGAAGGCACCUCUGUAAUCUUAAACAUAGGACCAGAUCCUGCUGUUGAUGGCGUGCUAGGGAGGGCGCCUGCAUCAUCUUUAAGACUAGGCCUUGUAUCAAAGUCGUAGCCAGACAGUGGCCCCCUGCAAGUGUAAGGCAGAGGCUCGCUGCUGCAGCUGAGAGAGCGCAUUGGUCUCCUGGAUCUGUUCCAGGCCUUGUCAAUCCACAGCUCCACCUCAGCCUUUUCAAGACAGGAGACAGCAUCCUCGCUCCCCUCAGACCGCAUGUCAGAGUCGAGGUAUUCGUCCAUCACCUCAUCUCUCCCUGAUUUUGGUUGGUCUGCAUUGUUCAGAGCCUGAGUCUCAGCCAGGAGAGUGGAAGCUGUUUUGGAGAUGAUGCUCCAGUCUUUAAGGAUGUCCUCUGCGGUGGUGAACUGCGAGGUCACCGUGAAUCUGAUGAUGCGCUUGGUGUUAAUGUCUGCAGGGAUCAGGUACAUGGUGCCUGACCGCGUCAGUCUCCUCAGCAGCUCUUGUGUCAAAGCAUUUCCCCCCUAGCAUAAAAAAUACAUAAAUGUCAAAUGCCAACAAAAAAAAAACCUCUCAACUAAACUCAAACAUUUAGAGGAAAUCAUUUCAAGGUUACCACUUUUAAUGAUCUCCUUUAUUGCUCUCACCUUAACUAGCAUGCUCUUGAAAAACUUUAUUUCCUUAUAAAUGAACUGACCUUUAUAUGAGAUGUUACUUUCAACAAUGAUUAGCUAGUCAAAGACAUGUUGCUUAACAAAGUUUACUGCAUAGACAAUUUAAAUCUGUGCCACCUACUUUUAGGCAGAACACCACCAGGCCAAGGUGCCUCUCAGCGGGAACUUCGAAAUGUGGGUCACUCCUAAUGUGAGACUCCAAAAGCUUCGCCAUUUCAAUCCCCUGAUGCAAUACAGAAAUAUACAUGUAAAUCCUAUCAUUUAAAGACAAAUUAAAGCUUUGGGAUGUCCUAGUAUUUCAUACAUGUUCAUAAUCUGAUUACAUUGGAUAUUAAUUCCUUCAAUAAUUUGCAUUAAAAUAACUGAGUGCCACUUACAUGUCUGAUAUGAGCCUGGAGGUUUUUCAGGCCAAAGGAGCGCAUAACAAACCAAAGUUUCAGAGAACGGAAACGUCGGCUGAGGGGAAUUUGCCAAUUCUGAACAGAAAGAUAAGGUUUCCUUAUAUGAAAUGAUUCACUAUAAUAAAUAAAAAUGUAAUUAGGUGAUACAAGACAGUAUGUUACCAUGAAGUCUGUGGCUGCCUGUGAGUUUUCAUGUCUGAGAUAAACAGGGUCAACAGUGAACGUCUGUUGGAGCUUAUAUUUAUCUUUUACCCUGAGAAAACAAGGUAAAACCAUAUUAACAAAUAAACAAGCAUCCUUCACUUAGUAUUAAUUGUUUUUUUUUAAUCUAUCAUAUAUAGUUUGAAUUAAAUGUACUAUUAAGUGGAUUCUUAUUUGGGCUUUUGCACUUACUAUUACUAUAGAAAAUAAAAACGAAUUAUCCAACAAAGAA